GCAACAAUAACUCUACAAUCCAAUAAAUCUAUAAAAAAACAGUGAAGUUUAACCUGCGACUUUUUUAAAAGAAUGUUGUCAGGUAGCAAUCAGCUUAAAAUGGCCGAACAUAGUGAUUAGGCAGAAACCUUGUCCUCACGUUCUAAUAGCAAUCACGUGACUCUGGCUGCCAACAGGCUAUCGCCUACCCUUAAAGGAACUUGGGUUCGUUAAAUAUUCAUGAGUCCCAUCGGUUGCCAUCAAAUUUUAAUCUUUGUCCCCUCCGCGUGCGGUGAGAAAAUUGGGCACCAAGGAGACCGGCUGUCAACACAAGUGUGCAUUUAAGGGCGACGGGCAGAGUUGUCUUGUCCAGACCGAGAGAGGCUCUACGUACACCGGACUAGGGACGUCUGUGUUUUUUUCCCUCCAACUUCGCGGUGACUGUGAUCUGAGAGGAGAAGUCAUGUUCGGCACAGCGAGAAGCGGCUACAACCCGUUCCCGGGGCUGGGCCCGCUCAGGCCCGUUAUACACCACAUGUCGACACCUGCCGCCACCAGGAGGCUUUCUUCGCCUGCCGACCUUCCGAAGUGGGUCCGAACCCGGCGUACCUCGGCCGACAGCGGGAUCGGAGUCGACGCUGCCCAUCCUGCCUCCCCGCCGGAGCAGCACAGACGGACUCUGCCCGGGCCGGAGCGGACAUACUCAACACGGUGGCAAGGCCCGGAACUUACCAACGCCGAGAACAUGGAAGCUCGACUGGACACGGCUGGGAGCGCCCAUCUUCAACAGGACACCAAGGUUCAACAGUCUAUGGACUAUGAACAGAUGACACCAAUUGAAAGGGAUGGCGGAGGCAGCCCGAGAUACACACCCCUGCCGCCUGUCCAACAGCACAAGACGGAAGAGGCGGCACCAGCAGAAAUACGCCCAUGGCGGGCACCCGGCGAGACGGACAUCUUCAAUAGAGGCGCAGUAUUCGGAAAGGUGUCUCUAGUUGAACAGCCCAAGUUCGAACGUCCUGCGGAUUACGCCACACAGAGGCAGGCGGCGAGCAACGACGCAGACCAGGCCCCUCGUGAAAGUGGACCGGCUGAAACUGGCGCUGACGGUGCCGACCUCCGGCCUUGGAGGGCCCCUGGUGAGACAGACAUCUUCAACAGAGGCGCGGUUUUCGGGACGGUGCCGUUCGUACCCCAACCCAAGUACGAACCUCCAGCGGAGUCUCCCAGGCGCACCAAGUCGGCCAGUCCGCGACAGACAGCAGAUGACAGUUUGAAGGCUAAGCAGGAGUUAGCUCCCUUGGAUCCUGCUCCCUGGAGGAACCCUGGCGAAACCGACAUCUUCAAUAGAGGCGCAGUUUUUGGAGUGGUGCCGUUCGUACCCCAACUCAAGUUCGAACCUCCAGCGGAGUCUCCCCGCCGCACCAAGUCGGCCAGUGCGCGGCAGACAGCGGACAGGGACGACAGUGUCACGGCUAAGCAGGAGUUGCCUCCUUUGGAUCCUGCGCCAUGGAGGAACCCUGGCGAGACCGACAUUUUCAACAGAGGCGCAGUGUUUGGUGUCGUGAGGUCAGUUCCUCAGCCAAAGUUUGACCAGCCUGAAGACGCCGAAACUCGGAAGCCUUCCUCUCCUAAGGACAGAGACCGUCACACAACCGGGGAUCAGCAAACAGGCGAAAACCACGAAUCCAAAAUAUGGAGAGGUUCGGAGACUGGAAAUUUCAACAAAGGCGCGAUGUUCCACGUUGUGCCGUCCGUGCCACAGCCGAAUCUCCAUCGGGAAGCUGAAAACAACAACCAUCAGGACGCGAAGCAGUCAGACCAGGCCGGUGGUGACUAUGGUAAGGGGGAAAUACAAGAGACCGCGGGCACCGCACAACAGGCACAGGCCCCCAUCAUCUGGAAGGGGUCAGAGACUAGCAACUUCAACAAGGGCGCCAUGUUCCAUGUUGUGUCGUUCGUGCCACAACCGCACCUCGAACGGCAAACUGACAACCUUCCAGACGCGAAACAGUCCGACCAUGCCGGCGGUGACCGUGACUACAAUGGAGAAACAGAAGAGACCGCGGGCACCGCACAACAGGCACAGGCCCCCGUCAUAUGGAAGGGGUCAGAGACUAGCAACUUCAACAAGGGCGCCAUGUUCCACGUUGUGUCGUCCGUGCCACAGCCGAAUCUCCAUCGGGAAGCUGAAAACAACAACCAUCAGGACGAAAAACCAGAGAAGGUCGGUGGUGACCAUGAAUACACUGAAGGGGAAACACAAGAGACCGCGGACACCACACAACAGGCACAGGCCCCUAUCAUUUGGAAGGGUUCAGAGACUAGCAACUUCAACAAGGGCGCCAUGUUCCACGUUGUGUCGUCCGUGCCACAACCGUAUUCAAAUCGGGAAGCUGACAACCUUCCAGAAGCGAAACAGCCAGACCAGGCCGGCGGUGACCGUGACUAUAGGGGAGAAACAGAAGAGGCCGCGGGUACCACACAACAGGCACAGGCCCCCAUCAUCUGGAAGGGGUCAGAGACUAGCAACUUCAACAAGGGCGCAAUGUUCCACGUCGUGUCGAGUGUUCCACAACCUACCUACAGCCAGGGUAUGGACACCGGUGGGUCUGGCGCACCAGCAAACGGUCAGAACGGGGCGAACACACAAGAUGAUAACAACAGGGGCGCCUCGCCUCCGAGCCAGCACGUUAGCUGGAAGGGGUCGGAGACGACAGACUUUAACAAAGAGGUGAAGAAGGGACAAGAAACGUAUACCUACAACAGGGGAGCAGUAGUAGAGGAGGAGCAGACCAAACCGUCGCAACAGGGAGGUCCAUCACGUGCAUGGGCCGGGAGGAGCGCUCAUGGCGGGAGGGACACCGGCCGCCCGGUCCUGGAGCCACUCAGGCCCACACAGCCCACACCUGGGGCAAAACGGCCGCCGACGAAAUUGACGACGUCGGCGCGUUCCCGGCAACCCUCCGCCGGCAGGGGAAUCCUCAGGACCAUGGACGACAACGUGGCGGGCCCUCCGGCCGGGAGGAGCAGCCCUGAGUCCAAGCUGCCCAGGCUGGAUUCCGCGGGAAAACCAAGGGUAGACAGCUCCAGGCUGAGGCGGGGAAGAUACGGUACCGCAGGUGGUGGUCUUACUGCCGUGGACGACACAGUGCCUCUCCCCGAACCUUCGCGACAAGACCGGCCAUUGACCAAGGUUGUCCGACUGAGGCGAGCAGUCGACCUGCCCAACUCCAGAUGCCUAUUCGACGUACAAAAGACCGGCCCGGAUCCGUGGAAGGCGGGACGCCACUCGAGAGGCAAAAGGCCUUUCCCAAAGUCAGAGUACGUCUCGUCCUUCCAGAGAUGGUUCCCGUCCCGCCACUACCAGGGCAGCAAGUCGGCCUGGGCGCAUAGGGCAGGCAGCGCCAACUCAGAACGCGGCUUCGUCCAACCCUCGCCCGAUCUCGGCAGCCGCCACGCGUGAUUCGGCGAGAUCGGAGGUCUUUACGCGAGAUUCCGCGGUGCCCACAAAUCAGACGACAAAAGACGCUUUCGGUCGCAAUGCAAUCAACAUAAACAUCGAUUUCCGCCAGGGUCGUGUAAAUAUCUCUGUCCCACGGAAGACAUGAAUAGUACAGUAAUGUGCUUAUCAUAAACGUGUUCAACUUUCGAUUGAUUUUGUUGCAAAUACUAGGUUCGAAACGUAACCAUGUAGUCCUACCAUUGAGAAUAAGUGGACCAUUUUAAUAGUCCUCACUAUCAGUGAGUCGGGUUUGCCACGAGUAUUCAGACUUGGGGAACAUGCUGUUUCAUUCCUAUCUAUGUAACCUAUUACCUUGACGUUUCCUCCGUUCGUUGUCACGUGGCGACAGUUGGGCGAGGAAAAAUAGUAUUGGCAACAUAUGCAAUGUUGUAUCAUGGAAUUUCAAUACUGUUCACUAUUAGAUUGGACAGAAGCAUAGCUUUCAAUUCUCCUCCUUUGCGGAAAAGGAUUCGUUACUUGGCAAUAUUAUCAAUACUCAAAAUGUUGUUAGUAUAAUGAUUACUCAUAUUCAUCUACUCUUAGUUAAGGAGUCUGUACAAAUGUGAUUAGAAUGUUGUAAUUAAUUGUGUUAUAUUAAUCAAUGUGGAGGUUCUAGAGGUGUACGUGUCUCAAAACAUGUUUUCAAACUUGAUAUGAUGGGGAAAAGCACGUAAAUUGUAACAUUUUGAUAGUUACAUGUGGUGACUUAAAUGUUGGGCGUCGAAUUUUUCGAGCUUACUUGUUUUUCUAGUUUAAGAGUUUAUAUCUGAAAACGUCAAUAGUUGCUCAACUUGUCAACCUUUGCCUUCUAUGUUUCAUACUUUUAUACACUAGAAUAUAUCAUACUGUUGACAACUUUGUUCAAAAUCAGUAUUGUAGCAAAUAGAUUUUAACGAAUCGGACAUUUGCAUGCUAUGUGUAUGAGUGCAGUAAAUGUAUCGAGCAACAGUUGGAGAUUAGUAUAAUAACCUGACAAACAUAUAUCAUUAUUUACAUCAAUGUUGUUAAGAUUUUCAUGUCCUUACUGUGUAUACACAAAGAAAGUGACAGUACCGUACAUAGCUUUGUAUCCACUAAACAUUCAGUGAAAUGUCAGACGUCGUGUGCCAUCAUGCGAAAACAGCGGAAUUUUGUCUCAAACAUCAAAUGGUGUCACAAAGUAUAUCACUUUUGGUACUUUUAGCCUGUGAACUCCU